GAGGCAAAGUUGCUCUCAGGCUAUUCCCAGUACGUUUCCGUCUUGGCUUACCUGACGGCGGAUUGGAUUUCGGGCAAUUGGGCUUCAUCAAUAUUUAAUUUCGAAUCCCUUUGCCUCAUCUGCGCAUCUCUUGUCCUGGAAUUCUUGGAAGACAUCGUGGUCACGUUCGG